GCUCAGUUGUGUCAGUCAGAUGAUUGUCCAAACAAGGACACUUACACGGGCGUCAGUUUACAUCCUCAAAAUACUAAUGUACAGCUGAGAAAAUGAAGAAAAACAAGGGAAAGGUGAACACCACCACUGAGAAGGAGUUUGUAUUUCAGUUCAGGGCAGGGAGGAAUGUCUGUGUCCUCAAAGUACCUCUGCAAUUCCCUGUCCAAGAAAAUGUCAGUGACCUUCAUGGACGACUUAUGCUGCUGCACAAAAUACCUUGCUUCGUUGAGAAUGAACUGAAGAGUACACUGUCCACCUUUAUUGAGAGUGAAACCAUCCAGGACUAUGACAGAGAAGCAGAGUUGGCCCUACAGAGACUGACAACAGGAGAGGUGGACAUCAACCAGCUUACAAACACAUGGGCUAAGGCCUACUCGGAGACCACGCUGGAACAUGCUCGUCCUGAGGAGCCCUGCUGGGAUGAGGACUUUGCAGAUGUUUACCACGAGCUCAUCCAUUCCCCGGCCUCUGACACCCUGCUCAACCUGGAACACAACUACUUUGUCAGCGUCUCAGAGCUCAUCAGUGAGAGAGACAUGGAGCUGAAUAAGUUACAAGAGAGACAGGCAGCAGAGAUGGACAAAGUCAUGCAGGAGUUGGGAAAGACCAUGACUGACCAGGAUGUAAAUGCAGUUGCCUCUCAACACUUCGAUGCCCAGCAGGUGCUGGAGAACAAGUGGGCCAAUGAACUGAAACAUGUGACUCAUAUUCAGAAGCAGGAGUAUCAGGAGUGGGUGAUCAAACUGCACCAGGACAUGCAGAACCCCAAUAACAGCACUAUUAAUGAGGAGAUCAAGGUGCAGCCCAGUCAGCUGACAGUGGAGUCUGAGCCUGGGGCCAGGCUGUAUGAGGAGCAGCGACAGCUGGAGGAGAGCUUCACCAUCCACUUAGGUGCACAGCUGAAGACCAUGCACAACCUGCGUCUGGUGCGGGCAGACGUGCUGGACUUCUGUAAGCACCGUCGGCAUGGCAGCAGCGGGACCAAGCUGCGGCGGCUGCAGACUGCUCUGUCGCUCUACUCCUCGUCCCUGUGUGGCCUGGUGCUGCUGGUGGACAACCGGGUCAACUCCUAUAGCGGCAUCAAGAGAGACUUUGCCACAGUAUCUAAGGAGUGUACAGACUUCCACUUCCCUCGGCUGGAGGAGCAGCUGGAGGUGGUCCAGCAGGUGGUGCUUUACGCCUGGGCUCAGAGGAGCAGCAAGCACAAAGUCCAGCCGGAGGUUCCUAGGAAUGGAACUAAUACUGAAGAUAAAAACAGGAAUCCCUCCAAUAUCUUACCAGGUGAAUUUUACAUCUCCCGCCACUCCAACCUGUCUGAGGUCCACAUAGUGUUCCACCUGUGUGUGGAUGACAAUGUGCGCUCAGGCAACAUCACGGCCCGGGACCCUGCCAUCAUGGGCCUCCGCAACAUCCUCAAGGUCUGCUGCACUCACGACAUCACCACCAUCACCAUCCCUCUGCUACUGGUCCACGACAUGUCAGAGGAGAUGACCAUCCCGUGGUGCCUGAAGCGGGCCGAGCUGGUCUUCAAAUGUGUCAAAGGUUUCAUGAUGGAGAUGGCAUCGUGGGAUGGAGGGAUCUCACGGACUGUCCAGUUUCUAGUUCCACAGAGUAUAUCGGAGGAGAUGUUCUACCAGUUGAGCAACAUGCUGCCUCAGAUCUUCCGCGUCUCCUCCACCCUCACGCUCACCUCCAAACGCUGAGGGAGACACAGGACCAAUCACAUUGGCUUGGAAACUGUCAACACUGAGUUCCAGCAAACAUAUUUAAAUAGUUGCAUUUCACAGGGGUUAGUGUGAUGGAUGAAUUUAUCAACCCCCUUGCAUAAUUAGCAUCUUCAGGCAAGGCGGCAUCAUCUCGGGGCAAGGUGACAUCAUCUUGCCAAAAAGAUAGAUUGUGUUGUUGUCCAAGACGAGCAUUAUGCAGUUUUUGUGCAUUGCAGUGAAUUCCAGUGAAGGCUCUGUCUGUCAUUAUUCCUCUCCACUCGAGUAACAGCAGAGGGCACUGUUCUCAGAGACAGAGCCCCCAACUCUCUGAUAGAUGUUUAUUCUACUUUGUGCCUAAACAUGGAAUUAUCUUUUAUUAUGAAACUGACAGUUGGCAUUAAAGUUGCACCCUAUUGAGCAUACACAAGUUCAGCACUUCAACUUUUCGAUGUGGCAUUCCAAUGAACUCAUUCCAAUUUACUCCGUGUUUACGCCUCGGCGGUAAAUGUUUUUAGUAGAAAUGUAUGUAAGGAGUGUUGAAACUGUUUUAAGGAGAAUGACAGGCUGUGUAUAUAGUCACAAACUUACAUUACUGAUCUAAUGUGAAUCUCAUCUCUGUGAAAUGUUUCUGAUUUGACAUUUAUUUACAUUUUUUUUUACUGAGGCCUGAAGCACUGGAGUAUAGUCUACACCAUAUUGCAGUUUCUGCACAAUUUUAUUUUCUGUUUAGGAAUAAUCCACGAUUGGCUAAUCUCCCUGAAGCUAAUAUGACAUAGUAAUUGCAUUCCAUUUCUGCUUGGAUUAAGUCAUUUUAGGUAGAUGAAAUAAUUAUUAUUGUCAGACACUCGGGCUCCCGAGUGGCGCAGUGGUCUAAAACACUGCAUCUCAGUGCCAGUGGCAUCACUGCAGUACAUGGCUCGAAUCCAGGCUGCAUCACAUCCGGCCGUGAUUGGGAGUCCCAUAGGGUGGCGCACAAUUGGCCCAGCGUCGUCCGGUAUUGGCCGUCAUUGUAAAUAAGAAUUUGUUCGUAACUGACUUGCCUAGUUAAAUAAAAAAUAAAAACACUUUCCUGCCCUGAA